AUGCAUAGAAUAUAUGAUACUGUAGAAUAUUCCGAUUUAUCAUCACAUAGAAACAACAAUUCUAUAAAUAAUUUAGACGGCAGAUGUAUGAUACCACCACAAUUUCAUCUUUUGGGUGAUGGAGGAUACCCGAAUUUACAAAGAUUUGAAAAUAUUGAUAUUGGUGAAAUUAUUUCAUACAAUGAAAGAGUAGAAUUAAUUUCAGUAAAUAACGAAGAAUUCUAA